AAUCUGAAAUUUCAAAUAAUUUGAUUCCCUGUAGCGUUGCCGAGUUACGUUUGGCAUUUUGAAAAAGACCAACUGAGAGACUGCGUAUUGCGACCAGUUAGAAUUGCUUACUAAUAUUGUUAUCCGAAACUCGAGACUUUGUUUUCACAAAUUUUGGAUUUUUGACAAUUUUGCAGCACUAACACGGCUUUAACUGAAACGUUCUGCACUGGUUAUUACGCUAAAUCAAGGAAAAACUUUGCAGUACUGAUAACGUUGUGCGCUGUUCGCUUAGCUGUAAACACGUGGUUUGAUUGGAUCUAAUCUAUCUGUGAUUCUGUUGGUUGCUUGCAGUUGUUACAGCUUUUACGCAUUCCUAUUCUUGCGCCGCAAUCUCUUCCGUGUUCCAGAGCUAAAAACUCACUUCUGUGGAUUGAGGAUUGCUUUUAUUAAGUGAUUCGUCAGAGAUCACUUACGGUGAAUUUCGAUUUAUCUCAAACAGGGUAUCGAACGAUACACAGCUGGAAUGGCUUGUGCGACUUUGGUUCCACAGACCGGGAAGCGUCGUAUUGACUGCGUGGAUGGACCCGAUCAUGCUGGAAGCUCUUUGCAGUGCAAGCGAUUCCAUGGGACCGAGCUCAAUCUUUCACCCGCUGAUUUCGAUUCCCCAUCACGCUAUGGGCGGGCUUCUCCAAACCAGAACCGGGAAGCAGGACGUGGACCUUCCAGACCGCUGCUUCUUAAGCGCAGUUCCCCGUCUCCACCAUUGGCAACAUUUUUUUCAGAGCUGAACCUCAAAACCAAAACCGAGGUAGGACGCGAUUCCAUUCAGCACUGUGCCGAUGCCCGCCAGUCCAGCGAUGCAGCUGAUGUCCGAUAUACUGCUCAGCAAGUGAUCGACAUCUGCAAACAGCAAGCGACACAGCUAAACCUGCGAUUGCAGCAGGAAUAUGAGGCCACUCUGCAGGAUAAGCUGGCCGAACAGUACCAGUCUUUCGUUCAAUUUGCUCAGGACCAGUUGGGCACACCUAUGCAAGGUUCCCCACCGGAAAUGGAGUGCUCUUACAUUGGAUGAGAAAAUCGCGGCGGUUAAGUACGAAUAUUAUUUUGAUGUAAAAAUGAUGUACUUAGUUAAAAAAAAUUAAUUUGGCGGAUUGCGUUUGUUUUGAUGCUGUGGUGUUUGUUUUACCCAAAAAAUGUUGCCAAUGAUGUUGUUCUGGCGCUUCCGGUUGCUCUGCGAACCCACUGGAUAGUUUCUUUAUUUUAGCAGUUUGUGUAUUCUGAUCAAAGCCUCACGGGUUGAGAACACUCAUUUAUUAAAAUUUAUUUA